UUCCAAUGACUCCUCUAUAACCCGAUUUCUUUACAGGUGAUCGAACAACUCACCGUUGUGUUGUGCAACCCACAAAUGGGACUCUCCUCGUAAUGUGUCAUGCAAUUGCAAUCACAGCAUCUGAAAGCUGAAACCUACUCAACCAAAAAAUGAUGCUUACCUUGCUUAAGCAAAGAUCUCUGAUUUCAACACUAGCCCCUUCUUUUCCAUUCAUCACCACCCGAACCCAUUUCUCUUCUUUACUGCAACAACAACAACAACAACACAAACCAUCCAUUUUCCUCAACCCCUUUUCUUCCAAAUCCAAAUCCAAAUCCCAAACCAAAAAUCCUAACUUCACCCUCUCCUACCUCAUCAACACCUGCAACCUGUCCCCCGCGUGGGCCCUCAAGCUCUCUAAAAGGGUCCACCUCAAAUCCCCCGAUCAGCCUAACGCCGUCCUUAACCUCCUCAAAACCUUCGGAUUCUCCGAACUCCAGUUGUCCCUCCUUGUCAAACGCUUCCCCAUAGUCCUCAAGAUCAAACCCGAAAAGACCAUUCUGCCCAAGCUCCAGUUCUUCCUCUCCAUCGGCCUCUCCACCUCCGACCUCCCCAAACUCCUCAUCGGAAACUCCGUCCUCUUGGAAGGCAGCCUCAAGUACUGCCUUGUUCCGCGCUACAACAUCCUCAGCACUGUCCUCAGAGACAGAGACAAGGUUGUUUUGGCCUUAAAACGUGUUCCCUGGUGCCUCACCGGCCGUGGCUUGAUCAACCAUUUGAUCCCCAACGUGGAGCACCUAAGAGGUGUAGGGGUGCCGCAGGGCCCCAUUGCCCACCUGGUGUGCAACCACCUCGGUGUGGUGUGUGUGGAGCACACGAAAUUCGUGGAGGCUGUGGAGAAGGUGGUGAAAUUCGGGUUUGAUCCGAUGAAAACCAUGUUUGUGGAGGCGGUGAAGGUGGUGGUUGGGACUAGCAAGGAGGCUUGGGAGAAGAGGGUGGAGGUUUAUGAGAGGUGGGGUUGGUCUAAUGAGAUGUGUCUUUGUGCCUUCAGGAGGUACCCUCAGUGUAUGUUGAUGUCGGAGGAUAAGGUCAUGAGGACCAUGAGGUUUUUGGUUAAGGAUAUGGGGUGGCCUGCAGAGGAUAUUUUUCGGACUCCGGGGGUUCUCAGCCCCAACUUGGAGAAGACAAUUAUGCCGCGGUCUCGCGUUAUGAAGGUGUUGAAGGAGAGGGGGCUGGUGAAGAGUGACUCACGGCUUAGCUCGGCUAUUUUGAUCACCGAGAAGUUGUUUUUGGAGAAGUUUGUGGGGCGGUUCCAGGAUCGUGUACCGGGGCUUAUGGAGGUGUAUAAAGGGCACGUUGAUCACCUGGAUUCGGUGCUGUAGAUUGUAAAGUGUGAGACAGCAAUUUGAUUUUGAAGUCAAAUGAUAUAUCUUCCUUAUGUCAGAAGAAUCGAAAUAGCAUGUCUGUAUUUGUCUGCUAUCCACAAUUUGGUUAUAUAUAUCUUCCCAAAAGCAAUAUCUCUUUCAAUCAUUCUGAACUAAAGUGUUCUAGACUACAGCAAUGUUAGUUUAAGUUGAUUCUAAACACGAAAUGUUAUUUAGAAUCUAUCUUGGAGUGCCUCAAGCAUACAUCUCACUUCUGGAAACCAACUUUCAAGCAUUCCAAAUUUUCUGAAGCAAUCAAAAGAUAGAUGAAUAAGGUGAAAUGUGAUUAGGUCCUUUGAAGACAAUUCUGUUCCUUGCAACACAAAUGCUUGCAAAGUUGAGUCAAGCAAUGUCAAAUGGAGAUUUGAGGUUUACUAGAGCUGGGUUUGGUCUAGAGAAAUAUUCUUAAAAACCUCUAGUUGAUAUACAUAUAUGGAUAUCAGAGUGAUCAGCUCCACGUAUUAGUUUUCUUUGCUACUAUUCAAUUUGAUUCCAAUCUAGAUGAUUCUUGACCUUGAUUUUUGACCAUGCCUGUUCUUGAGCAAAUUUUUGUACUUUUUUGUAUGCUGAUAUCAUCAAUUGCCUUCAAGUGGAGGCUCCUUAGGUUGUUGGGGCUUGGAAGGGGAACCAAGUACAAAAUGUAUCUUUAUCUAGCUUACAUGCCUUAAGUUUCCAUGGGAAAUAAGAUACGAAGACUUCAUUGUUUUGUCCUUUUUGGAAUUCUGAUUUAUCUCUUCAAAGAACUAUAUAUGCUCUUAAGCUCUGAUAUCUACCGUUAUCAAGAGUCAAAUUAAGUGCCUUUAGCAAAAUUUGAGAUGAUCCUUUUGCCAAAAUCCCAGUUUUAUGUUGACAAACUGGUCUGCCAGUCUCAUUCAAAACACUACACUUCGACAAACUGGCUGUGAAGAUGAAGUGAUUAAAAAUUCAAAAUGAGCUAAAUUAGUUGCCGAGACACAAUAAAUUCAACCAGUUGUGAUGAAUGUGGUGGAUUUUGAAAUGAUUUGUAAUGUGAGAAAUGUAAUACUCAAUAAAGUAAAGGAAUAAAAUGUUAAUGUAUUUUUUUUGGAUCA